AUGGUCAGUGUUGGAGGAGGAGAAGGGAAAGGGAAAAAGAAAAGUAGUAAACAAAGAUUUGCAGAAAGACAAGCAAGAAAACAGGAAGCUCUUUUAGCCGUUGCACCACCAGUAGACCCAAAUUGGAGUGCUCAGUUAGAAAAAGAGAGACAAGAAGAGAUUCAAGUGAUUUCGGACGCCUGUGAGGUUUUAGGGAGAGAGCUAUACGAGAUACCUCCUGAUGGUCAUUGCAUGUUCAAUGCCAUCGGAGACCAACUCUACCAACUAGGUCUCAUUGCAGCUCAUCAAGCUACAAACCCUCUUUACACUCGACGGAAAGCAUCAGAAUAUAUGCUAGCUCAUAAAGACGAUUUCAUGCCUUUCGUACCUGGUAUCAAUGGUGAAGAUGCGGUUGGAGCGACUGAUGAUGGGGUUAUCACCGAAAAAGAUUUUAGGAAAUAUUGUAAACUUGUUGCUGAGACUGGAGAAUGGGGUGGGGAGCCAGAGAUCCAAGCUUUGACCAGAGCAUUCAACAUCCCCAUUCACGUAAUACAAAGAGGACCGCCAACCGUUGUCUCUCACGGAGGACCGGGUGAUACGUUCGGAGGAGCAAUGACAGCGGAACAAUCAGCAGCAGCAGGAGAUCGUGUGGUGAGGAUAAGCUAUCAUAAACGAAUGUAUGGAUUAGGAGAGCAUUAUAACAGCUUACGAAAGAAAGUCAUUUGA